UCAUAUCUUGUCCAGGUGACCCAUGCCCUCCGUACCCAAGCUCUUUACGGCAGGGAUGGCCCUUCUCCUCACCUUAAUCCCGCUGCUCUUCAUCCUCAUCCUCGGCACCGCUGACGUUCAGGGAGCGUCCGUCAGAGAACACAGACUGACGGCCAGCGAGCCGGACGCACGCAGGGGGACCCCCUACGUGCCCCCUAACGCCGACAUGCUCAAAGCUUUGGAGUACAUCGAGACCCUCCGCCAGCAGACCGGGGCGGCCCCCGAGGAUGAGAACCGCCACUCUCCAAACAACGAUGUCGCAGGCGUGAACACAGAAAAACUACGCUCGAUGCUAAAACUAACCACUCCAUCUCAAACCCAGAGAGAGCCUGGGCGAGACCAAGAUGAAGAGGAGGAGGAGGAGGAGGAGGAAGAGGAGGAGGAAGGAGAAGGCAAUGCAGAGGACAAGACCCAGGAGUGGCUGAAAGCUUUACUUGGUACCCUCGAACAGGGAGAAAAAAGUCCCAGACCAGCGCCAGAACGCAACACUGCCAGCCAAGUCUGGGCGGGAACUGGGCGGAGACCGGCGAAGUUAGAGGAGGAUGGCAGCCAGGUAGAAGGUGGGGCUUAUCCUUGGGCACGGCAGCAGCGUGGCAGUAGCAAACCUCCCAGAAAGUACCCUCUGAUGUUUGAAGAUGAAGGAGAGGAGGGCGAGGGGGAGGAGGAGAGGCAGAGGAGCUCAGACCGCGAGAGCCCCUUCAAACGCACCAAUGAGAACGUGGAAGAAAAGUACACGCCCCAGAAUUUGGCCACUCUGCAGUCUGUGUUCGAGGAACUUGGGAGGCUGGCCAAUGGCAAGGCCGGACACAAAAGGCAGGCCUAUGCUGAGGAUGAUGAAGAUGAAGAGGAUGAUAACACUGAUGAUGGCAUGUUGAGGAUGAGGAACCUGGACUACGAUGAAGAGCCUGCAGAAGAGGACUGGGCACCUUUGGAGAAACAGAUCAGGAUGGAGGAGGAAGAGAGAGGCAACAGGAAAGAGUUUGACCGAGGCCUUGACGGUGAUGAUGAUGUUGAGGAGGAGGAAGACGAGGAGAAUGAUGAUGAUGAUGAUGAUGAUGAAGGCAAUUACCCGGCAAAGAGGUCAACACAGUCUGGCCCAGGAGAAGAUCCAGAUGACCUCACAAAGCUGGUGGACUACUACCUGUUAAAGGUGCUGGAGAAAACCGAGGAGGAUCAACAGAAAAGAGAACUAGAAGAGGAGGAGAAAAGGGCUGUUAGAAGGGCGACUCAGUCCAUCGACCCCGAGGCUAUCUACCAGCUUAUCAGAAUCUCCCAGAAUUUACAGAUACCUCCAGAGGAUCUGUUGGAUAUGCUUAAGUCUGGAGAGGGCAUUCAACAAGAACGGACCCCGCAGAGGAAUCUAGCAAAGACACACCAGCCCAACUUUUUAGCCAAGGUUGAGGAUAAGCUGAACUCUUACAAAAAGUACCAAAGCCCCCCUGCGAAUUACUACAACAGACAGCUGCCCGAGGCUCAAGCAAGAGGUAUCACAGAAGACAUCAACACAGAAGACAUUCUAAACAUUCUCGGACUGGGAAGCCUGGUAAAUCAGAAGGCCACUGUCAAACAUCAUAAAAGCCCCCACGCGCCAACUGCAAGGCAAGGAGACCGCACAUUCUCUCAUGCUGGCGUUCCCGAGAAGAUAAAGGAUGACUAUGGCGAUUCUGUUGACGAAGACGAGCUAGCGACAUAUUUAACAGGCCAAAUGUUGGCGUUUUAUCCGGAGCCAAUAAAAAGCAAAGCAAGUCCAAAGCGAUCCUCUCAACCUUUCUCGCAGAAGGAGCAGCCCGCCCUUGGAACGUUCGAGCAGGCGAUACAGGACUACUUCGACCAUAUGGACUCAGAUAAAAGUACAUCUCAAAAAAGGCAGUCAGAAACCGAAGACAUGGGAGGUGCAACUCAAACGCAACCCUUAGAUGAUGAGGCACUACUGAAAAUUCUGAGCUUCUUAAACCCAGAGACCGACGAGAGCGAAGAUAAGGACCUUAAUGCCAAAUCUGUCUAAGGAAUGUAGAUGGUGUAGAUGAAGUAUGUAGAUAUAUGGUACAUAUUAUAUUCUUUUGAUGGGGGAGAAUCAUAAUAAAGUAUUUUGAAAACUAAAAACAUGCAAGAGUGUAUUCAGUAGAUUUACAACAAUUCCUGCUUGUGUAGCAAAUUUCUUUAGACCUCUAUGGACAGAUGUAGCUUCAGGGCAGUGGCUAUUAAUGUUAGCAACUGGGGUUUGUGGUAUAUUCAAUGUUUUUGAUAUAGGCUAGUUAACAAAACACUAGUUAAUAGGCCACUUUAUAGUUCAAGUUUUCACCAGCCAUUUCAAUGCACAUAAUACAGCCAAACCUGUCAGAUCCUUCAGAUGCAGUAUUGUGUUCUUAACUAUAUUUCUUACGUGUUUUCAGUAAUGUGUGAUGUUGAGAUUAAUAAAGCAUUGACUUUAUUUUUUC